AUGACUCGACUGAUGUGGAACACAUGCAGUCCUGCCCUGGCACUCACAGCGCUGAUUGUACAACUGAUGUGGCAUGCUUGUACAUGUGCCUGGUUGGUUCCAGGCUGGCUCACGCCUCUGCCUGAGGUGAACAUGGAGACCUCAACACACGACAAUGGGCAAGCUCCGGGCACGCCGGAUACGAUUGAUGAGUUGUGGGAUGAUUUUGUGGCAGAGACUGGUGGACUGUCCACUGCCAACAAUCCAGCGACGAGCUCACAGAACUCCCAAGCUCUCACUCUGCAAUGCUCAGAUGAUGAUACCGCACAUCUAUUCUGCGAUGAGGCCCUGGUGACGGUAGACAACCCACAGGAUGUUCAGACAUGCUGGUGUGAGCUUCAACCAUGUUUGUGUCUUGCGGGUGAUCAGGAAGAUGAACAGGAUGAUGCAACGGUGAUCUUGCCACAAGAAAACACGAUUGAGCCGGACAUCAUGCAAGUGGAUGCCUUCACGCCUGACUUGGUUGGUGCCCCCCUGACGCCGCAAUCACAACUUUCAGAAGACUAUGUGGAUAUCCAUCAGGACGAUAUAUCACUUGAGGAUUUGCUUGGGCUUGCAGAUGGCCAUGGCACGCAAUCUGUUCCCAGAUUUCCCUUUACACUGCGAAACGGCAACAACACGCACAUCAUGCUGCCAGUGCCGACAGGUCGCACUCCGAACAGUCAGGAAGCAGACUUUCUGCGCGAUUCCUGCUGUGGUUGCGGGCAAAAACAGCAUGACCCUCGCUCUCUCAAGAUGCACCUGCAGAAAGCACACCCUGACAUCUGGAUACCUGCUGAGGAAAUAGAACCUUUGCCAACGGCAAAACACACGGCCCAGUUUGUCCUGUUAUUUUCCAGUUCUGCACCCUCGCUGCUCAUGGCCUCGGAAGUCCUGGCCAUCCUAGGACCGAUCAUGCCCACCUUGAGGGAAAUGGAGGAGCAUCCUGCCAAACGUCCCCGCCCAGAUCCUCGCGAAGCACAGCAGACGAAGGGGAAAGGCAAAGGAAAGGGCAAAAAGUCCAGCAGUCGCCAUGGAACCUGGUACAAGGGGCAUGGAAAAAGCAGCUACACGGGAGUGGGCCCAGCCAUGGAGGCCAUGGCCAGGCUCUGCCUCCGGCAGGAGGCGGAACUCAGCGAACUACGGCAAGAGAAGGGCUUCAUCCUGCACUUGGAAACAGCCUUUUACGGGAUUCUCGGCCCCAUCGUGCAGGCGUCCAUGAAGUGGAACGAGCUCUACGAACAGGGCAAGGCGGACUGCAACCUACGAACCUGCUUGUUCCGCCUUCUUCUCAAAGAGACAGCAGCUCGCCUGGAGAAGUUCGAAGCAACGCAGGAAAGCAUCGGAGCGGCGGUCAAGCAAAAGUGGGUGACGGAGAACCCGCUGCAGUGGACGUACAAUCGUUGGAACCCAGACAGCAAGAAGGCCGAGAUCGAAGACACCAAGAAGCCGAUGGCCCACGUGGAUGUCAAGCAGCUCCUGACAACAAUGGACGAAGCCCUAAAGCAGGACCCAGAAGCGCUGCACCAGUUCAAGGCCCUACGCAAGCUCACGGAAGAGAUGCAGGGAAGCUCAGUGGCGUUCAAAAUAUCUGUGGGUCUGCGGGGGGCACAGUGCCAACGCCUCUACCAGGCAUUCGUGGCGCUCAGCGGGCUGUCGGCUCUGAACCUCAUCGGGGCAAACCUUCACAAAGAGCGGCAAAAGAACAGCCGAGAGGCCGACACUGUACGCCAGAUGAUCUUGACUCCAGGCUCAGACUCCGAAAUCCCCUGA